CGUUGCGGUCAAAUGUGUGAUUUUGAAAUAGAUGAAUGAAAAGUUAGGUUAAUUCACGAUAUCGAAAUAGAUGCAUAAAAAGUUAGGUUAAGUUUUUAGAAUUGUUAUUUGUUUGAUUAUAAUUAUGACUUCUCCGUUUUUGAUAAUACAAAGAUGUAUAUCAACUUCUUGUAUUAGUUAUGGAAAGAAAAAUUUUCGUAAAUUUGAACUUAUCAAUAAACGUGGUGGUCGAGUUUUCAAAGAAAGGCAAAGGACAGAUCCAUAUCCGGAAUAUCCAAUAGACAAAAGAGGAGUAAGAGAUGUAGGUUUCAAAAUAGGAAAAAAAUAUGUUUGUAUACCAGAAAUGAUACCGGAACUUAUCGUUCCAUCUUUAGAAGGUUUUAAUUUGAAACCUUAUGUGUCAUAUAAAGCGGAAGUUAGUCAAGGAGAAUUUACAGCUCAAGAUCUCUUCAACGAGAUAUAUGCUAAAAAGAUCAAAGAGGAUUUUGAGAAAGAUGAUUUACAUCCCAAUGGAGAUCCUAAGAAUCCUAGUGAAUACGAGAAACUUACUCCAGAAGAAGCAUUAGAUCGUGCUAAGAAAACUGGCACUGAUAUAUUUUGUGAUGGUGUUCCUAGCAGCUACAUUCGUGAAUAGGAAAUAUUUCUGUAUCAUACGGUAACAAAGAGAUGCUAUUAAAACAUUAUCAAUGUUUUAAACUGGAAUGUGGUGUUAUAUUUAAUGUUAUAAUAAAUUAUAAAUAAGUAUUUCUAUAUAUAUAUAUAUAAAUAUAUUUAAAUUGAAUUUAAUAUUAACUCCUUGUACUAUAACAAAGUGUAAGACUCUUAUGAUAUGCUUUAUAACUUAUGGCAUAAACACGAGUCUUGCUCGUAGUGAAUCUUAUGGAUUAAACAUAAAAAGCACAAAUAUGGAAUGUAGCUCCAUGUGUUAAAUUGUAAUAUGAAGGAUUAGUUAAAUUUCUAUACAUAUUAAUAGAUGAAGAAAUUAAAUCAAAGUUUUGAUCCUCAUAUGUUUUUAUUUGGUACAUUCUAUGCACGCGCUUAUACAUAUGUAGAUGAUUUAUAAACAGUAACUACUGAACUAUCAUUUGUAACGAAUAAAGAAACGAGCAAAUAUCUAUUUUCUCUAGGAGGACAAAAAUGGAGUUUCCAUAUACAUCUUUAUUAACUCGUGUGUGUGUGUGUUUAUGUGUAUGUCUGUUAUUAUUUAUAAUAUCUCUCUGUAUGAUGGUAAACUCGUGUGGCAGUCUUAAUUCAAUAGCAAAUCAUUGCUCUACCAAAUAUCGCAGAUGUUAUUUUGUGUUAGACCGUGCAUUGCAAAACCAAUAAUCGAUAAUAUCUUACAAACAGUCUUUUUACAAAGUAUAUAUAUAAAUACAUAUUUAUAUAUAUACUAAAAUUAAAGACACAUACACUAGCAUAUAUUAUCUUGAUGCGCGUAGAGAUGAAAUGAAUUUUAUUGCUGAUUACAAAUGAAUGGAAUACAUCAUUUAAAAUGA